AAAAAUAAAUUGAAGAUACAUUGGAUAACUACUUCUUGCAGUUAAUAUUCCUUUGUGGAAUUUUCACAGGUAUACAGGCCACUAGAACUGCAGAUUAACUUGGUCUUUUGGCUCCUGAGAAAUUCCCAGUCAUAUCUAAUUCUAGUUCUUUGUAUAAACCAAGUGUGCAGUUAUGUACCAGAAUAUGGCUAGGCCCUUCCUUUCUGGUUUCCCACUUCAAUUACUGGCCAUGGGUCUACUAGCAAUGUUUUUUUGUGCUAGCACUGUGGAAAAUGAGAAAUAUGAAAACAGAAGGAACCAGGAAAAGACAUCCCAGUGGAAUGAAACAAGCAGUCUUCCCUUGUCAUCUUCCCAGGAUUCAGAAAAUACUGCAGGAAAAAUUCAUAGCUCUGAUUCCCGGAAUGCCUGGAAGCUCCUUGUGAACAAUGAGGUGAGGAGCAAAAAAAUGAAUAAAAACAAGUCCAAAAAGAUUAAGUUUGGCAUUCCAGGCCUGUUAGAGCCUGCAGAGCCACCACAACCUCCUCAAGAUACUAUUACUCGGGAGAAGUUGCUGAGGGAAUUCCGGCUGCUUCUUAAAGGAAUAAUCAGGGAGCAAGAAAGGAUCAAUGUGAAAAGCACCAGCAAAAACUGCCAGCAUGGAGAAGAUAGGGAUGGAAAAGAAGAGAAUUUAUUUCCCCAGAUUAGCAUCCCGCUGAUAAAAAGCAGGGAGCAAAGACGAGUAGAAGCAGCAUUCCACUGCCAGACCCGGAAGAACAUUUCAGUAGAUCGACGAUCUCUUCAAGAACUUCAACUUUAUUACAUAACUAAAAAAGAAGAGCUAUUCCAUCGUGGCCUAGGUUUAAACCUUAACAACGGCCAAUAUAUGGCCCCCAUCAGUGGAUACUACAUUUUCAGUGCCAGGUUGUAUGUUGUUCCUGAAAUCCAUCCCAAAAAGUACCAGCCAAGGGGCCGAGAUCACCUGCGCUUGCUGAUCUGUGUUGAGUCACUCUGCCGCCAGAAAAGUUCUCUGGAAACAGUCAGAAGUUUGGAUAAAAGCAGUGAAUAUUUCACUGUUUCAGUCAGUGGAAUUCUCUUUCUACAGGCUGGCCAGUAUGCUUCAGUCUUCAUAGAUAAUGCAACAGGAUCUUCCUUCAUUGUACGAAGUGGGUCAGACUUCAGUGGUGUCCUCUUGGGUAUCUGAGUGACCCACGGCUGCCUAUUUUUAAGCUGAAACCCUGCCUUUAAUCAGCAUUAAACUAAGCCUCUCUCUUUUGGUCAAGUGGAGUUGGAAUCACUAGAAGGAAGCACAAACCUUUGAUUAAGCAUCCAAAGGUGAAAAAUCUGAUCGUAAAAAAGUUCACCAAGUGGCAAAACAUCCAAAGGAAGCAAGACCACAAAUGACAUUUGACUGAAGAUAACUUAUACAUUCCUCUAGCACUAAAGAUCUGAAAUUUGACCCUUCAGUUUCCUAGUUUACCUGUUAAGGUGGCUCUCAAUCCUAAUUUAAUCCUGAAAAUAUACAUUACAUGCUGUUCCUGCCACAACAGAAUGGUUGUCAAAAGUUUCUAUUUCCUGAAGAUACUAUCUUAUCAGCUCAUAGUCUUUCAUUAAGGAUAUCGAACACUUCUACCCACUCUGCAUAUAUGUACUUACAGAAAUCCUCUAGAGUCUAAGUUUUUGUUCAUUGGUAUCCUACCUUUCUUCUCAAGUGCUCAUGAUGGUAAACUCUCUCCUCCAAUAAUCACCCCCACCACUAUAUUUUGGGCUGAAAGAUCAUGCCAGGCCUAAAGUCACCUAGUGAGCUUUCAUAGUAGAAGAUGGACUUCAGUCUGAAUCUCCCUGGUCCCGUAUCUAAACCACAGCCCUACAUUUACCAACCUGUGAAAUGUCCUGUUUUUUAUGGUACUCUUUGACCCUUGUCUGAUGACACUGUAUACAUUAGGUGAAUUAUUAUCAAC